AUGAUAACACUUAAUAAUAAUAAACCAGUUUGGGUACGAGAUAAUGAACAUGGAUUUGUUAUUGGAAAGGUGAAUGAUAUUACUUCUGAUAAUGUAACUGUUCAAUUAAAUGAUAAUAGAAAAACACUUGUUGUUCCCUAUGAUUCAGUAUUUGAAGUUGAAGAAUAUGACAAAGAUGUCGAUGAUAAUUGUGCACUUAUGUAUCUUAAUGAAGCUACUUUAUUAAAUAAUGUUCGUCGUCGUUAUAGAAAAGAUAUGAUUUAUACUUAUGUAGCUAAUAUAUUAAUUGCUAUUAAUCCAUAUAAAGAAUUACGUGGUGUUUAUAGUGUUGAUACAAUGAAGAAAUAUAAUGGCAAAUCACUUGGUGUUAUAUCACCACAUGUAUUUGCUAUUGGUGAUAAAUCGUAUCGUGAUAUGCGUACUACCCGACAAAGUCAAUCGAUUGUUAUUUCUGGUGAAUCCGGAGCUGGUAAAACAGAAUCUGCUAAGUAUGUUUUACAAUAUUUAACUGAAUCAUAUGGUGCUCAAAGUGGUUUAAUUGAAGAUCGUAUUAAUAAAUCUAAUCCAUUAUUAGAAGCAUUUGGAAAUGCAAAAACAACUCGUAAUAAUAAUUCAAGUCGUUUUGGUAAAUUUAUUGAAGUUCAUUUUAAUGAAAAAUAUCGUGUUGUUGGUGGUUUUAUAUCUCAUUAUUUGCUUGAAAAAUCUCGUAUAUGUCUUCAAUCAAAAGAUGAACGAAAUUAUCAUAUAUUUUAUCGUUUAUGUGCUGGUGCACCUGAAAGUAUUCGAAGUGCAUUAAAACUUGGCCCACCGGAUAAUUUUCAUUAUCUUAAACGUGGUUGUACACAAUAUUUUUGUAAUUCUCAAACUGAAAAUAAAUUAUCAAAAAAUCGUCUUAGUCAAGAUUUUAUAUCAAAAGGACCAUUACGUGAUCCACAAUUAGAUGAUAUUAAUGAUUUUAUUGAAUGUGAUCAAUCAAUGGAUCAUAUGGGUUUAUCAACACAAGAUAAAAUAAAUAUUUAUAGUACAGUUGCAGCUGUACUUCAUCUUGGAAAUAUUAAUUUUGAAGAUGAUCCUGAAAGUACAAAAGGUGGUUGUAAAAUAACAUCAUCAACUGAACAAUCAUUAGCAAUAACAGCUGAAAUGUUGGGUCUUAAUGUACGUGAUCUUCGUAAUGCAUUAAUAACAAGAGUUAUAAUGACUCGAACAACAAGUAAUAAUAAUGAUAGUAUAAUUCCUGUUCCAUUAAAAGUUCAUGAAGCACAAAAUGCUCGUGAUGCAUUAGCUAAAGCAAUAUAUAUACGAUUAUUUGAUCAAAUUGUUAAUUUUGUUAAUAAAUCAAUACCAUUUAGUUCAUCAAAUUCAUAUAUUGGAAUUCUUGAUAUAGCUGGUUUUGAAUAUUUUCCUGUAAAUUCAUUUGAACAAUUUUGUAUUAAUUAUUGUAAUGAAAAAUUACAACAAUUUUUUAAUGAACGAAUUCUUAAAGAAGAACAAGUAUUAUAUGAAAAAGAAGGUCUUGGUCUAAAAAAAAUUCAAUUUAUUGAUAAUCAAGAUUGUAUUGAAUUAAUCGAAUCGAAAACAACUGGUUGUUUUGAUUUAUUAGAUGAAGAAAGUAAAUUACCAACACCUCGAGCUGAACAUUUUACAAGUGAAGUUCACAAUCGUAAUAAAGGUCAUCCAAGACUUGACGUUCCACGAAAAUCAAAAUUACGUUCUUCACGUGAAAUACGUGAUGAUGAAGGUUUUCUUAUUCAACAUUUUGCUGGUGCGGUUGUCUAUUCAACAGCACAAUUUAUUGAAAAAAAUAAUGAUGCUUUACAUGCAUCUCUUCUUAUUCUUGUUCAAGAAUGUAAAAAUAGUUUUGUAAAAAGUUUAUUUCCAAAAUUACCCGAACUUGAACAAUCAGCUGGAAAAUUAAAUUUUAUUUCUGUUGGUUCUAAAUUUCGUUCACAAUUAACUGAUCUUAUGAAUAAAUUACGAAGUACGGGAAUUAGUUUUAUUCGUUGUAUUAAACCUAAUCUGAAAAUGGUGCCAAAUUUAUUCGAAGGUGGUCAAAUUUUAAGUCAAUUGCAAUGUAGCGGUAUGGUAUCAGUAUUAGCUUUAAUGCAACAAGGUUUUCCAUCACGUACACAAUUUGCUGAAUUAUAUUCAAUGUAUAAAUCCUAUUUACCAGUUGAAUUAGCUCGACUUGAACCACGUCUUUUUUGUAAAGCUUUAUUUAAAGCAUUAAAUCUUCGUGAUGCAGAUUUUAAAUUUGGUAUAACGAAAGUAUUUUUUCGUCCGGGAAAAUUUGCUGAAUUCGAUCAACUUAUGAAAUCUGAUCCACAAAAUUUAGCUAUGUUAAUAUCAAAAGUUAAAAAAUGGCUAAUAUGGACACGAUGGAAAACAGCACAAUGGUGUGCUUUAUCAGUUAUUAAACUUAAAAAUAAAAUUCUUUAUCGACGUAAAUGUUUAAUUGAUAUUCAACGACAUGUUCGUAUGUUCUUAGUUUAUAGGCGUUAUGCACCAAGAAUUCGAGGCUUAGUUAAAUCUAAAGCAUUACAUGAACAAGUAGCUUCCAUGGAAAAAAUUGCUGCUCAAAUGAAAGCAAACAAAGAACAAAUAUAUAAACAAAUACAUCAAUUAAAAGAACGUGUUGAUCAAUUAAUCCAUCAAAUUUCAAAUACUCAUAUGACGGCAACACAAAUUGAUGAUGCAUAUAAUGAUCUUGUUUCUUCUAUUGAUCGUGAAUUGCGUCGAUUAAAACAAGCACUUGCCGAACAAGAAAUGAAAGAUGAACAAGAACGUUUAAAAAGGAUUCAAAGUGGACUUGAACAUGAAAAACAUAAAAAACUUGAUGAAGAUAAACGUUCUGAACAAGAAAAAGAAGAAUUUCGACAACGUUCAGCUAUUGCGCAACGGCAAAGAGAAGAAGAACAAUUGAAGCGUGGACUAACUGCUGAAGAAGCUCGACGUCAAAAAGAACGUCAAGAAGAAGAAUCUGCUGCAGAAGCUUUUUUUGCAGAAAUGAAUGAACGUGAACGUCGUGAUUAUGAUUUAGCACGACGUCUUGCUUUAGAAACUGGUAGUGAAGCUGAGUUACCGCAUUUACAAAGAUCACGUCGUCCACCUUUUAAUCCAAAAUAUGAUUUAAGUAAACAUACAUAUGCACAAUUACGUGAUCUUAUUAAUACAUCUUGUGAUAUUGAAUUACUUGAUGCAUGUCGUGAAGAAUUUCAUCGACGUUUAAAAGUUUAUCAUGCAUGGAAAUUAAAAAAUCGAAAAGGAAAAAAUCCAUCAGCAGUCGAUAAUAAAAAUGAUGAUAUGGAUCAAGAACGAGCACCAAAAGAUAUUCUUAAUAAUGAUGGAGUGCCCAAAAGAAGUGGACAAGUGGCAGCAGCAAGUGCAAAUUCUAAAACCGGUGGUAGUGGUAAAGCGUCUGAACAACGUUAUUUUCGUAUUCCAUUUAUUCGUCCUAAUGAACAAAAUCGUGAUAGUAGUAGUGAACAUAAAAAGAAAGGCUGGUGGUAUGCUCAUUUCGAUGAUAAAUGGAUUGCUCGUCAAAUGGAAAUUCAUCCAAAUAAAAAACCAGUUUUACUUGUUGCAGGUGUUGAUGAUAUGAAUAUGUGUGAAUUAAGUUUAGAUGAAACGGGUUUAACGUCAAAAAAAGGUGCUGAAAUACUUGAACAUGAUUUUGAACAAGAAUGGCUUAAACAUGGUGGUCGAGAAUAUUUAAAGAAAAACAAAGGACAAAUCAGUUCAAAAUAUGUUAUUCAAUUACUUCAAAAACAUCAUUAA